AUUGGCGUGACCUGUUCCUUCUUCAUUAACCCACUUCUAUGUUUUCCUUCCUACUCUUCCGAAUGUAAUGAAUAGAGACUUGACCAGAAGAGGUCCCGUUUCAUCAUCGAAUGUCGAGCAACAACUCUGCUCGAGUCACCUCCGCCGACUCCUUCGCCGCUAGUAGCCGCCGCCGCCCCUGCCACAGCGGCACCAACAGCAGCCGCGACUUGGCCACGGCUCGCCGCCUCUCCCUUGACCUGGUCACUGCCUCCCGCCGCCACCUCUCCUUGCUCCGCUCCUUCGCCGCCUCUCCCGUCCUCCACCACGUCCCCACCAUCGCCCGCGCCAUCCGACGGUAUGACCGGCUUUGGAUGCCGCUGAUUUCGGAGCUCACGCAGGCGGCACCGCCUUCGGCCCCUCCGAUGCUCCUCCCUCCUUCAGAUGUUCACUGGGUGUGGCACUGCCACUGCCUAGACCCGGCGGGGAGCUAUCUCGAAUACUGCAUCUCAAGAUUCGGGGCUUUGAUUGAUCGGCCGCUGAUCAUCGACGACGAAAACGAGGAGUACGCAUACUACAGAUGCCGGGAGAUCUGGGCAGCCCGGUAUCCUUCUGAGCAAUUCGAUUUCGACGUCGACGAAGCCGCCGAAUACGAGGAAGCAGUCGGCGCCGAAGAGAGCGGCAGUGACCUUUUUGCGGUGGUGCAGAGGUAUCGCUUGCUCCCUUCCUUCUUCUCCGACCCCUUUGUUUCGGAGACCGUUUACCUCGUGGCAGCGCAGCGGAGAUACUUGAGCUUCCUCCACCUCUCUCGGGUGCUCGAAGACGGGCCAUUUCGAUUGGUUCCCACCUCCGAUGUCCUUCUCAUGCUGCUUAGCCAUCAAAGCUAUCCCAGGAGCUACGCAAAUGACAAGAAGGAGAUGGGGGAUCAUGGUAGAGCAACACUGAGCUUUGGCGAGCUAGCAACAGCAGGGGAAGUGGAGGAGACCCGCAAAGUGUGGGAGAAGACCUUCGACGAGCCGUACGAGAAGGCCGGAGUGGUGCUUGAGCCUGCAAGGUCACCCUCACGGGUCUACUUCAACUGGGCACCGCCGGAGGAGGACGUGAACAGGAUUUACAAAGGCCUACAACCAAGAUUCCUAAUGGAGGUCUCUAUCUUCUUAAAAGGAACAUGGGGGCAAAUUGAAGACAAGUACUUAAGCGACAAGUUCCUCCGGCUACGUACAGGUCGAUGUCAUAUGGGUAUGAAGCUAAAUGAGCCUCUUUUGAAUCUGUCUUCUGAAACUUGGCAAAGGAUAUGGCAUCUCUAUUGUGAAUUUGGAACCAAAGGCAUUGUAAUUGAGGUUCGGCAAAAAAGAAACAGUUGUUUGGCAAGUCACAAGUUGAUCACAAAGCUAGUAUUCUUGUGGAAUGACUUGUUACGAACCACCACUCUCACGGUCAAGAAGCCGCUAGAAGUGCAAGUGAGUGCGUUGACAUCAACCACUCCGCCUGUUCAAGCUCCAUACUUAUUAAAGUGUGUUCCUGACAGAGUAACUGAUGAUGGUGGCGCAAUGAUUUCUGAUGUCGUACUACGAAUGAAUAGGUACCAUCCACAACAAGGUCGUUGGUUAUCUCGUACAGUUCUUGAUCAUGCCCGAAGGGAAUGCUUUGUGAUACGAAUCCGGGUAGGAAGAGGCAUUUGGAGAAGAGGAGCUGAAACUCCUGAAGCAGUUAAAUGGGAGGAUAGAAUCAUAGAAAUAAGGGAAGGACCAUGGUCAUACAUUGCUGGAACAGUUGGUACUGCACCUGAUAAAAUAGUUGGAACUGCAGCGCCUAAGAAAGAAGAAUCAGAAAUAAAAAAGAUGACAUGGUGUCUGUCGACAGGAGAUGUACUGUCAAUACAGUGGGAAAGUGCACUUGAGAUUAUACUUGAAAAUGAAAAUAUUGGUGAACAGGCAAAAUUUCUUAGUGGAAGAAAGUUGCAAUAUGAAAUGAAGGGUGUCGACUCAUCCAGCAUAUCCAACGAAGAGGAAGAGCAAUACUUGACCCUAGUCAGGUUUGCCCCGGAAUAUCCAGACGGAAAGGCAACUGCACUCCUGAACUGGAAGCUGCUUGCCGUGGAAUUCUCGCCAGAUGAAGACGCUGUGUUAAUCUUGCUGCUAUGCGUGGCUAUUGCACGUACCCUUUCGGUAAUCAGAAAGGAAGAUUUGAGUGGCUUGUUAGUGCGUAGAAGAGUUAGAGAAGUUGCAGGAGGGCAGAGAGAUUGGGGCUCUGUUCUUCUUCCACCACAAUCUUCUUCAUCUGUUCAUUUGAAACCAUGGUAUUGGAAUGCUAAAAUGGUGUUGGCUUCGAUGGAGACCGACAUUUCUAGCUUGCCAAUCAAUAAAAGUUUUCCCGCUGAUGGUAAAUGUUCAAUGUAUGAGCAUGUAAUUUUGUCUGGAUGAGAUAUUACCAUGAUUUUACAGUGUAGAAAAGAAACCUUGAGAUGGAAGCUUUUAUUGUCUAGUAUGUGAUGGGUUUUUUUUUUUUAUACAGGUAAUGUAUAUUGAUUUCUUUAGAGAUUUACAUGGAAGAUACUCAGAAAUCUGAAUACAUGUUUUGUACUUCCCUAA